CCGAGGAUCAAUCGUCCGAUACGUGCACACAUGAGGAUGACCUCCUACGUAGCCUUCCAACAAUACGACCUCCUGGACUCCGAGGGCUACGGAUCGGCGAGCAGCCCGGAAUCGAAUCCGCGUGGCAAUUGGCAUCACCAAGAGAUCUAUCCGCAGCCGCCGCGGUCCAGGGGCAGCAGCUGCGGCAGCGUCAGUUCCGUGGAUAGUCACCAUCAGCAGGAAUACCAGGAGAUCGGUGGCGGAGCCCCCAAUGGCAGUCUCCACGUGACCGCCGGCUUCAAUUUCGGCGAUUUCUACGAGGGCUACUAUCAGGAGGGUGGCUGUCGGAACGAGCAUCAGCCAACGUUGAACAGUGACGGCACCAGGAACGUCACGGAUCUUCACGCCAAAUUGAUCUUCAGGAUGAACGAGCAAUGUGCGACUUACGAUGACGCUGCAUCUAGGAUGGCAUUCAAUGAGGGUGUCAUGAACAAGCAGGAUCCAGCGGGAUAUAUCCAGAAGAUGGACCAUCUCCCGGCUGGAGCAUACGCCAACUCGAGGACCGACUUUGGUCAAAGUCAGCCCAUCUUCGCCACGAAGGGCUAUGCGAAGAACGGUACCUAUCAUCCGCGGAACGAGAAUCACCGUUACGCUCCGAGGAGUCACCCUUACGUCACUUACACUGUGCCGAGAAACGAAUCUGGUCUACCGAGCGGCCAACCGAACAAAUGCGAUCAAUCGAGGUAUCAUCAGAGAAACGAUAGUCUUCACGUCGUUUUACCAGCGGAAUACACUGGCCAGAAAUCCAAAGAAGCGGCGGUACAGAAGAUGAAGACUAGUGCACCCGGUGUUGAGGUACUGAGGAAGAGAAGAUUGGCGGCGAACGCCAGAGAGAGAAGGAGGAUGAACAGCCUAAACGACGCUUUCGACAGACUACGCGACGUCGUACCCAGUCUGGGUAAUGACAGGAAGCUCAGUAAGUUUGAAACGCUGCAAAUGGCACAAACCUACAUUUCCGCGCUCUAUGAGUUGCUACAACGCAAAUGAAGACUCUAACGACAAGGAUCCUCUUCCGAAAAGAAGAACAGGGUUUUGUCCGACACUCUGUACCUUCUUGCAUGUUGCUGCGAGGACCUAGAGUCCUUGAAGACCGCAGAACAUUGAAUAAAGAAGCUAAGAAGCCUGAUGAGCUCGAGAGCUCAUUCUGAUAAGAAGAACAACGACGAAAAAUUCAAGCCUCAAAGCCGCAAAAUCAAUUGAAAUUGCGAUUAGUAUCCUCGUCUUUGUGGAAUCUGAAGGAUCUGAAUCCUGAAUCCUCGCUGGAACUUCCUCCAUUGGCUUUGAAGUGAUGCAGAUUGAAAGAUCGCUGCUCCAUUCUUCGACGGGAACGAGGCGCGUCCUUCCUUCGACAGACUUCAAGACGUCCGUAGGUAAUGACGAAUUGUCGGGGUACCGAGAACGAGACAGCUCGCUCGCGGGGAGCAUGAAUUAACGAGCGAACUGGGAAUCGAGACUUCAUUAACUUGUAAACGAGUCACUCGACCACGGCAGCAUCGACUGUAAACGGUAUGUAAGCAGAAAAAUAUAGUACCGGCGUCGUUAUCGACCAAGAUCUUCAAGACUUCUCAUUAUAAACUCGAUUUAGCUGUUAAAAAAUUUGGAAAGGGUUGAGAUUCCUUUUUACUAAUAAAUAACAUAAUUUAUUUAAUGUUUUCAUUAAAUUCGAGAAAAAAAUUAACUGUAUUUCGAUCUUUGAUAGGAGGAUGAUUCAUUUUGUUAUUACUACUUUUCAAAAAUAAAUUUUCUAGUAAAGUUGCGUUUUUAUGUAAGUUGCAAUUUUUUUCAAAAGUAUUUAUCUUCAUGUAUAACAUCUUACCUUCGAGACGUUACAAAUAAUACACGAAUGAAUUAUCUUUCGAUAUCACCGAUACACCACCAGCAAUAGCUUACGUCAAAACUAACCGAUUACGCGGACGAUGAGUAAAAAGGCUUUUAAUCGUGCGCGUCAAGCUCAACCGAGCGCGUAAGUUUAGCGCCGCGCGGUAAUUCAUCGUCGAUACUUAUCCCGGCAUCGCGGCGUAUCGCGGCGCAUCGCACCGCGGGAUUCCGAAACGUUUUUCUAAUCGCUUGUGAUAAGAUCGGAGCGGACAGAGCGAGGGGGAGGGGGAGAAGCGCGAGCGACCGGUCCAAGAUCCUCCUGCCUGGGGAACAGCCUGGGAGAUCGCGACCGAUAUCUCGCGACACCGCGCAUAGACAGGAUAUUCCAUGCGGUAACUUCAUCGGCAUUUCGAAUUCGCGAUAAAUAUUACGAUAAAAAAGUCGUUGUGCUUCUCGCGUAAUCGCAGCGACGAGAAAUGUCGCCGAGCCGGUACGGGAUAUCACUACGAGGCAAGUGGGUAGGUCAGGGCGCAUAAAAUGUGAUCGUUGACUGUAAUAUCGUGAGGGUAUACCCUUCACAGCUAUCGCCGUGGCAAGCUAGGAAACGGCGGGGGCGUGCUCGCCUCGAGUUUAAUUGUAAAUAGGCACCGUCGUACAUUGUCGUCCUCACGAGGCACCGUGUAAAUAUCUGAUUCAAGGCGCGUCUAACUUAUUGCGAGGCUGUAUAGGUGACUCUGUACAUAGGCACGUACAUACACGCGUGUGCGCAGAGUGCGGGGGCAGGAAUCUCCUCGCUCGCACGUACGUGCGCACGUGCGUGAUUCGUUCAUUGAUGCCUCGAGUCGACGAUAGGUAUCAAUUGAGGAGUUCGCCCUAAAAGGGCGUACGAAUGAUAGCUCUGCGAAAAGUGGGGGCUUUCUAAAAAUUCAAGUAUUUUUGAAGAAAGACCUUGGAGAGGACAAAUAAAGGCGUAAGCUAUUUAAAAAAAAAAAAAAAAAUGGUUCCUAGAGCAAAGCUCACUGAAGAUGAAAAAUUAAAUCGCACAAUCGGCACGUUUCGCGCAUUCUCCUCUCUUUGUGGGCGAACUCCAUACGAUCUUUCACGGGUUAUUUUCGGAGAAAAACGCUUAGCAUUACGCUCGCCUCGUGUUACCUGAGUAUUCACCUGUAGCUACUACUGCUCAAUGAUAAUUAUUAAACUAAUUGUAUGUAAUUAUAAAUUAUCUCGAAAGGGAUUGUGGCUCAACUUGUAAUCGCUUUAAAUGCAGAGAUUACGCGUUCAGCGCAACAGUGCGUGUGUGCUAAUUAGAGAAGUGAGAAAUGAACGAAUCGAGAAGCUACGAAGUCAACUUAUCGAGAUCUAUGGCGUCGAUGCUGUUUACAUCUGCCGUUAAAUUAACUGCAAUCAUCAACAAGACCAUUAUGGUCUGCAAUAAUAUUGCGAUAGUAACUAAUUCUCUAUAUUUCUCGACACAUCGCCGCGGCUAAUUACUAACCGAGUAUUAGGAGCUUCUAAUUCAAAAGGCCAGACACCCCCGUGGAUCAUAAUCGACUCUCGCUUCGAUCGACCGUCGCGUCGCGUUAUUUUAUUUUUUCUUUUUUUGCCGCCACGAAUGCGAGACGACGCGUGACUGGAAUAAUCUCAUUCGGCCACGAUUCAGCUCGCGACGCACCUCUCGCGCAAUUAGGGAUAUGCAAAAAUCGCGGGACAAAUGGCGGCGGCCGGCCACCUCCACUUAGCAGUCAAUCACAAUUAAAUACAAUUUUGCGCGGGCCGCGGGGCCCGGUAAUGGCGCAAAAAGAGAGCAAAUUGAAAUCUCCUAGCUGACAGAAUGAUAGAUGGUACCGAGCAUACGUGAGAAGACGCGAGAGCGACGGAGAGAGGCGUAAAGGAGAAGGCGGGUGAGAAAGAGAGACGAGAGAGAAGCGGGGCGAGGAGGAUGAAGAGAGAAAAGCGGAGGAACAGUCUUUCUUCCAUAUCCCCCCAUAGAUGUGAGAAAGCUCUUCCUCUCCGUUCCGCAAGGAGAUCCACGAGGAGAAAGAACGAAAACACAGAGAGAAGUAAGUCGGGAGCUGAUGAUAGCGCCACUACGAAGCCGAUUUCUCCCGCUAAUAUCGCUAAUCCUCUCCAUCUGUUGAAGAUGAGGAUCUGAUCUUUGCACGGAGCAGCGGUAAUUUAUAUCGAUCGGAACGGGGAGAAAAGAGACGGGGCGAGAGCUCAUGGAAGCUCAUUCUCUCUUCUAUAACCGCGGUCAUUAUGGCAGCGCCGUUUAGAGUCGCAGAUUAGUUACGCGCGCCUCGAAAUAAAGCGCGAUGAUUAUUCGCGAUGAUAAGCGGCGUUACGAUCAUUGCAAUAUUCUAUUCUCACGAGGCAUAAAUAAAGGUCGAAAGUGGAGAGAAGCGAAGGAGACUCGCCAAGGAUAUAUGUACUCGUCAGCAUCGCGCGCGAUGUAUUACAUAUCCUUCUAAUUUUGUCAAAAAUACGCGGUAUCUCGUGCAUUAUAAACAAGCGGGCAUUUUGCGCCGCGGAGAAAACUUUUCAUUUUUAAGAUGAUUACAUUAUAUUACUAUCGCGACGAAAGAAAAAUUCAGCGGCACACAGCGUCGCUGUAAUAUAAUACUUUAUAGUUGCCACAUUCCGCGUCCCAUUACGGCUCCGCGCGCGUUGUAAUGGCAGUAUUAUAAAAGGAGACGAUAAGUCGCGCUCAUCCACCUGCUCGGUAAUCAAAUCGCGGGAUUAAAUUGCCCACGAUUUCGCGUCUUCGCGCGUCGAAAGGGAACUGCUGAAGGGGGGUAGCGCGUACGUACCUCUCCCGGGACAUUAUCAUUCAAUUGGCGCCGCUACCGUCGCGGAUAAAUCACGCGUAAUUAGCGCGGCAAAACAACGAACGGACGCCAAUUAAUUUCGUUAUAAACAACACGGGGCCUUUGUCCACCGUGCGAAUGUAUUUUCCGCGCCGGCUUCCUCAAUUAAGACGAUAGAGAUUUAUUCGAUUCGCGCGUCGAUCGAGCGACGUCGAGGAAAAA